AUGGACAUCAUGGUGGACGACACCUUCUACAAGGUGUUUGUCCUCAAGAGGCCCGGGGUGGAUGAGUUCCUCGAGCGCGUGGCGAAGCUAUACGAGGUCAUCAUCUUCACGGCGAGCCUGCCGCAGUACGCAAAUCCUCUCCUAGACAUGCUGGACCCGAAGGGUACGAUAACAUCGAGGCUCUUCCGAGAGCACUGCACUUUCCACGAAGGCUACUUCGUCAAGGACCUAACCCUGCUCCGUCACCAGUCGCUGGAGUCAACAAUCAUCGUCGACAACUCUCCGAUGGCCUACAUGUUCCAGCCGGAGAACGCCAUUGACUGUAUCAGGUGCCAAUAA